CAAUAUUAGAAAACGUCAAGUCGACAGUGUAUUAUCGAGGAAGACUCCCUUGAUUCAUACUGUUUGACAGACAGAUCUUUUCUCUUUUCUUCUUUCCCUUACGUACCCCGCGCUCCAAAUCCGCGCCAAAAGAUUUUCUACGGGCCCCUGCUGCUUGCACUCGGCCAACAGAGUUGAUCGACGGAGCGGACCAAUUCUUCAUCCUGCAUUACAGUACAGCAAAAGUACUGUAGCCUAUUUUGCUGUACCUACUAACCUUGCUUCAUCUCCGCUCUUCAAGAUGGAUGAGAACCCUUUCAACGCAGGCGCUCCUGGCGCUGAGGAGGUCGAUCUCUAUGAACUUCUCGAGAUCGACAGAACUGCCACACCAGAUCAGAUCAAGAAGGCUUAUCGCAAGGCCGCCCUGAAGUACCACCCAGACAAGGUUGCCCAAGAGCAUCGAGAAGAAUCCGAAGCCAAGUUCAAGGAAGUCACGCAAGCCUACGAAAUUCUCAGCGAUGAGCAGAAGCGCGAGCUCUACGAUGUUCACGGAAUGGCCGCCUUCGACAAGUCCCGAGGCGGCCCUGGUGGCCCUGAGGUCGACCUCAACGAUAUCCUCUCCCAGAUGUUUGGCUUUGGCAUGGGUCCGGGUGGCCCAGGUGGCCCUGGAGGUCCCGGCGGCGCUCGCCGACCCAGACGUGGUCCUGACGAGGAGCAAGAGUAUAAGGUGACGCUCGAGGAGCUUUACCGUGGCAAGACUGUCAAGUUUGCUGCCAACAAGCAGGUACUUUGCGGCCAGUGCAAGGGCUCUGGCGGCAAAGACAAGGCCAAGUCUUCUUCCUGCGAGCGGUGCAAGGGUAAUGGUAUCGUUGAGGCCUUCCGCCAGAUAGGGCCUGGUAUGAUGCGCCGUGAGACUGUUAUUUGCGAUCACUGCCAGGGUGCUGGCCAGGUCUUCAAAGAGAAGGACCGGUGCAAGAAGUGUAAGGGCAAGCGAACAACACAGGAGAAGAAGGUUCUCGAGAUUUACAUCCCCAGAGGCUCGAUGCAGGGCGAGCGUAUCGUCCUGGAGGGUGAAGCCGACCAGUACCCGGACCAAACGCCUGGCGAUAUUGUCUUCACACUUGUGGAAGAACCCCAUGAUGUCUUCACUCGCAUUGGACAUGAUCUGUCUGCUGAACUGACUGUAUCUCUGGGAGAGGCUCUAUCAGGAUUCUCGCGAACCGUAUUCAAGCACCUCGAUGGACGUGGCAUUCACAUCGAGCGACCUCAAGGCAAGAUCCUACGACCAGGUGACUGCCUCAAGGUUCCCGGCGAGGGCAUGCCUAUGAAGCGUGGCGAGACCAAGGGGGACCUCUACUUAAUUGUCAAGGUGGAGUUCCCUGAGGAUGGCUGGUUGAAGAGCGAAUCGGAGUACGAGACACUGCAAAAGAUGCUGCCUCCUCCCCCUGCGAACAUUGAAGCCGAGGAAGUCGACGAAGUCGAGUAUGAGGACGAUGCUGACAUCGAGAAGAUGGGUGAGAACUCGGGUGACGGCCGAUUCGGUGGUGAUUGGGAGGACGACGAGGACGAUAUGGGCGAUGGCCAAGCUCAGUGCCAGACCCAGUGAUUGGGGAUACCUCCGCAUCGACGAAGAUGGAAUAUUCUUAGUCAUCACUUCAUUAAUCCAGAGCAGAAACUCCACAGAGCAGAAACUCCACGUCUCUAUCUCACGAUCAGGGACAGGUUCACUGCCAUGGUAAUGGCGGCCUAGGGCAACAGGUUUAUCAGUAUCAGAGCCAAAGUCAGAGGCUUCCGGGAUAAUAUCAAAAGGAGAGACGACUGAGGACUUGUUCGUUUUGGAAAGGAGAAUCCAAAAUGGUAUCAUAUCAUGACCGACCAUACACACCAAACCACACCACUCUUGGGUCCAAAGAAGGAACUGGUCUCGGUAUUCAAGGCCGAGAGAUUCCGUUGCAGGAGACACAUGAUAGAUAGACUCGUGCAUAAACACAUUGUAGAGGCAUGAACUUUAAAGUUGAGGAAUUAAUUGGUGAGACGUUGUGCAAGUGUGAAUAAGAACAAAGGAGAGCGAGGUCAAGUCUGAGGUGGGAAAUUGCAUCGCAGAGGUA